UCCAUCCGGGUGCAAAAAAAAGGCCAUUGAUUCCCGGGGCAGCGAAGUCAGAGCCCUUUCAACACCUGGAGCCCCUUCCUCUCGCUAAAUUCCACCUCUACUCCCCUAAACUAUCCUCUCCAUCCCCUCAUUUAAUCCCCCUCCCAACCCCAUUCCAUCCCAUGCUCUCUCGUCUCUUCUUCGCUUUUCCCUUAGUUCUCCCUUCUAUCACCAGCCCUAAUUAACCCUAGCUUAGCUUAUAUGGUCGGGACCAGAUUGACCCGCACGGCCGCCGCCAGGGCGGGCAAUCCCCCCUCGGACACGGAGGCGGAGGACGCGCGCGCCGACGCCCCCGACCUGAUCUGGAGCGCCGCGGGGUUCCGGGUGAGCCGGAGGAGGAGGACCGCCGCCAGGAAACGCCCGGAGGCUGUGCAGACCGUCGCUGCCCCGCCGUCCGCCGCGGCAGAGACCGGCCGUCAGCCCGGGCCUCGUUUUUCCAUGCUGGAUUUGAAUGUACCAGCCCUUGACCCUGAACAAGCUGUGGAUGGUUUGAGAUUUCUCUUGCAAAAGGAGCUUAGUCACAGUGAUGCUAGUUCCCUGGGAAGAAUUGUUCUUCCAAAGAGAGAGGCAGAGGUUCACCUUCCAGUCCUUACAGCUAGAAAUGGUAUUGAAAUCAACAUGGAUGAUUUGGAGACCUUUCAGGUUUGGACGUUCAAAUACAGAUACUGGCCUAACAAUAAAAGCAGGAUGUACAUACUCGACAACACCGCGAACUUCAUUGCCGCUCAUGGCCUUCAAAUUGGCGAUCUUAUCAUGAUAUACAAAGACGACGAAAGAGAUAGAUUGGUCAUUCGAGCAAAGAAGGCAGCAAAAGAACAGGCUGCUGCUUCUGCAGAUGAUGGAAUCUUUGAUUCCAUUGUGCCUGACAUUGUGGUGGCUAGUGCGAGGUAUUCUGACCUAUAUUACCCAUUGCUAGAUGCUAUGAGCAUGGCUUAUGGAGUGAGCAACGUAUAUGGGGAUGGCCUGAACUAUGCCUUUGCAGCUGACUUCACCAUGGGUUUCUCAGAAGAGAGGAUGGGAAACCCUUCAAAUGCUGAAUCACUUCCAAGGUUUGGGUGGAACCUGUCCCUUGACGAUCUCUGGUGAUGGUGCUGUUUGAUUUUCUCAAGUUGUACUACCUUAACGUAAUAAAUAACUCCUAGACAAACGUUGUUGCUGUAUCAUGAAUAAGUUCUGCUUGUCUAUCAAUAUGUAAUAUAUGCAUGGAAGAAUAUAUAUGGAUAUCGUAACAUAUAGA